CUGUUAAUAUCUCCAUCCUAUAAAUACAUAAACGUGUAUAGGUUUUAUAAGCCAUUAUUCAUUCUUGGAUAAGAAAACCUUAAUGUCGGUUUGUGUAUUGGGCCUGCAAUCCUCGUUAAUUUACGUUAGCGGUUAGCGAUCAGUUGGCUAACAACCUUAUACCCCUUAGCUAACGUUAGCAUUAGAACUUGGAUUAUUACUAUCUGUUACAUUGAAUAUGUCAUAGUAUGUGUUUAGCAACUGACUAUGUUAAACAUCUUGACAUAUUCCUCAAAAUGUAUUGUAUUGUCUUGAACGUAUGACUAACUGAAGCGAGAAGGGAAAAAAACUAUCAAUGGCCUACCCUAAAUCCCACAACCCGUUUGCAGAUGAUGACGAUGAGGAAGACUUUAGGCCUAAAAGAAGGGGGUUUGAUGACGAGCCCAAUGACACUGGUUUGAGUGAUGCAGAGAAGAGACAGAGGUCCCUCCAGCAAGAAGUGAUGCGUACAGCUCAGUCUGCCGUGGACAGCAGUCACCGUUCCCUUGGCCUCAUGUAUGAAUCAGAGAAGAUGGGUCUGGAAACUGCAGAAGAACUGAUGCGACAGGGGGAAGUUCUGAAGAGGACAGACAAGAUGGUAGACAACAUGGAUCAGGACCUUAAGACCAGCCAGAAGCACAUCAACGGUAUAAAAAGUGUGUGGGGCGGCCUUGUUAAUUACUUCAAGGGCAAGCCCGAGACAAAGCCACCACCUGAGGAGCCAAAGGUAUACCUGGCCAACGACAGAUUACAGAAUGCCAUGUCAAGCAGCAGAGAAACUGAAGAAAAGUACCAAGCCAGCCACCCUAACCUAAGAAAGUUGGAUACAGGAGGAUUUGGAGCUUCUGCAUCAAUAGAUGACAGCUCAUCAAGGCAAAAUGGAUACUCUCAGAACCAACACCUCAAAGAGGCUCACCUGACCCUCGACAACAAUUUAGAUGAGAUGUGCGGUGGCUUGAGUAGACUGAAGAACCUCGGACUUGGGCUCCAGGCUGAGCUUGAUGACCAGGACGACUCCAUUGACUCUCUGAUGAAUAAAGUGGACAAGAUGGAUUUAAAAAUCCAAAACACUAACCAACAGAUAAAAAACCUCAAAUAAAGCAAACAUUUGUGCUCAGCUUACAGAAACAAAAGAAGGCCACAGCUCCUCUUCUCAGUUGGCGCUCCAUCCUGGCCUAUGUUCAGUACACUGUGUGCUUCUUAUGCUCGUUUUUUUUUUUUUCUUGAAUGAAUGAAUGCUCAUUUCAGAAUAUACUGCUCCAUGUCAGUUUUGUCUAUGAAUUUCUUCUUUUCAGUUUUACCUUCACAAUGAUAACGUAAUUUUUUAAAUUUCAAAACAAAUGUGAUUUCUCAAGUUGUUUGCUUUUCCUUUCCUUCUUUAUCAAGCUCCCAGAUGGCCAGAGUUGGAUUAAAUUUUCUAUAUUGCAUUUGCCAAAGACUGAUAAUUGGCUAUUAGUUUUCUUAUCAACAGAUGGUUUGACAAAUAAAGACAGAUCUUUUUUAAUUCAUUAUAUCUUAUACAUUAUAUGUCUGUAACAGGACUAUUCUUUAUGUAUUGUAAAAUGUCAGUGCUUACUUCCUGGAGUUGCCUUCACAAAACACUCUGAACGGUCAGAUCACUUUUGCCUUAUGCACAAUAUGUACAGAGUAUGUACUACCUUUUGGUUUAGCCACAUGCCUUGGUCUCCAUUGUUACAGCUCACGGUCUGACACUUUGUAUGAUGAUUAGAAGAUUUAGUUUGAAUUUCUUUCAUGUUCUUCAAUGCUUGUACUUGCUUUAUAUACAUUUUUGAUAUUGCUAAAUUGUAUUGAAUUCUACAUAAUGUGAUUGAGUGAGUAUUAAACAGCAUAAAAAAUGUCAACCUGAAACAAAACUCAAAACUAAAGGAAUUAAUCAUCACUAUGUAUGUUACCUGGGAUAGGUGAUUUAUAAAGUACUCUAAUCACUUAACUAUUUUACAAGGUAAACAACAAAUGAGUAUUUGUGGUCAAAAUGUUUAAUCUUUUCAUUUAGAAUCAUGUAUUCAAAUUAAAACCAUAUACCCAAUAAAACAUUUCCAAGCACA